AUGAAAACGAGAAGUCCAGUAUUUUCACAUCUAAGUGUAUCUCUUUACGGACUGACAACAAUUAGAGCAUUUAAAGCCGAAAGUAAAUUUAAAUCUACAUUUUAUGAGUAUCAGGAUAAGCACACUGCAACGUGGUUCGCCUACGUUGCUUUAAAUCGAUGGAUUUUCAUAUACGGCCACAUGGUUUGUUUCAUAAAUGUAGUUAUUACUGUUAUUAUAUUCAGUGUUUCGAUUGAUUCAGCUUUAGGUAAUGCGGGAAGCCAAAUCGCACUUGUUAUGAGUUAUGGAGUAUUAUUUAAUUUGUAUUUUCCUUCUCUUAUUAGAAUGUCAUCUGAUCUGCAAUUUCAGAUGAACUCUGUUAAACGUAUACUGAAUUAUACCAAAUUGAAAUCAGAAGCAUCAUACGAAAGUUCUGUCGAUAAACAACCACCCACAGAUUGGCCAAGAAAAGGAGAAAUUCAUUUUGAUAAUGUUUCUUUACAAUAUUCUAAGGAUAAAAAUACUGUUUUAAAGCACUUAACAUUUCGUAUUUACCCGGGAGAAAAGAUAGGUAUUGUCGGCAGAACAGGAGCAGGAAUUUAG